UUACUCAAUGGUUACACAGGUUCUGUUGUGUGGGGGAAAAACAACAAAACCGGAAGAAGAGAUUGGUGCAAAAAAUGAAGAAAGCAGAGACCGAGAAAGAAAAAGAGGCAGCAAAGGGAGGGGAAUGAGGGAGGUGUGUAACAAUUUCCUGUAGUGGCAUACUGAUCUGCGUCUCUGAACCUUCUUCUCUGUUUCUGUCACAGUGAAGAGCACAGACGAAGCUGAGCGGAACAGGAUGCAGGCUAUCAAAUGUGUGGUCGUGGGAGAUGGAGCGGUGGGUAAAACAUGUCUUCUCAUCAGCUACACAACCAAUGCCUUCCCCGGGGAGUACAUUCCUACAGUGUUUGACAACUACUCAGCAAAUGUGAUGGUGGACAGCAAGCCGGUCAACCUGGGCCUCUGGGAUACAGCUGGACAGGAAGACUACGACAGGCUCCGCCCACUGUCCUACCCACAGACGGAUGUUUUCCUGAUCUGUUUCUCCCUGGUGAGCCCAGCGUCCUACGAGAACGUCAGAGCUAAGUGGUACCCUGAGGUCCGCCAUCACUGCCCCUCCACACCUAUCAUCCUGGUGGGCACCAAGCUGGAUCUGAGGGACGAGAAGGACACCAUUGAGAAGCUGAAGGAAAAGAAGCUAGCGCCAAUCACUUACCCUCAGGGCCUGGCUCUGGCUAAAGAGAUAGACUCAGUGAAGUACCUGGAGUGCUCGGCUUUGACCCAGCGCGGUCUGAAGACGGUGUUUGAUGAGGCCAUCCGAGCCGUGCUCUGCCCCCAGCCCACUAAGGUCAAGAAGAAGGGCUGCACCCUGCUGUAGAUGAUUCAUGCAGGACCAGAAAGAACAGAGAAAGAGAUUCAGAUUGAUGAGCCCUUGUUAAAGAAGACAUUUUGAAAGUUCUGUUAUGUUUCUAAUAGAAAACUACAACUAGAUUUCCACUGGUUAAAACAAAUAAUGCUUUUGCAGUUAUAAUAAAAUGGCACCAGACCUUUCCGUGCUGCAUACUCUGAGACUGUUUUUUUUCCAAAUGCAUUAUAGACGCUGUACCAGGCACAAUUUUGUACUGCCCCAGUUCACACUAUAGAUUUGCUCUGUUGACUAUAAUGUAAGACCGUGAGCACAAGAGAGCUACUAUAUUAUGUUUCCAUGUACCAACAUUCCUUCAGACCAGACUGUGUCUCACUGCCGUUUUGAGGCCAACAAUACAUCCGGGUGCUUUUGUGCAACUUUAAAUGAUAUUUGUUCUUGCAAAGAUAGUGUUGCUAUAAUAUUGGUUCCUAAUGUCUUACCACUGUUGUUUUGAGAGUCACGAACAAUGAUAAAAACACAAGGAU